CUGUCAAAAGUCUACAAAAGUCUCACUAGAAUUCUUUGCAGCAUUUAAUCAAUCUUCAGAAGAAAGAAUUUUACGAAUUGACCAAUCAAAGAACGCUUUUCUAGCAGUUUUAUUUCAUCGUGGAAUUGUGGCAAACCUGAGCAACGUUGAACGUGGCGUCGGGAGAGAUAACGGGGAAUUCCGUGAAAGAGGGCUUAGUUUUGUUUCGAUUACCGGUUUGUGUCGUUUGUGUCUUCAAGAUAGUAUCGCUUUUUGCUUGUAUUUCGAACUCCAAAUACGCACAAUCACGAUGGAGGAAAUUCGAGUUAUGUGGUGUGAUGUACUGGAGGAAUUGCUUCAAUGUCCCGUAUGCUUAGAAGCAACACAGGGUGUAAAAAUCCAAUGUGUAAAUGGACAUCACAUAUGUAAUGCAUGCAGAGUACAGCUGCAUGUGUGUCCUAUAUGUAAAUCUGCCUUUAUAGGAACAAGAAAUUUGGCGGUGGAACAAAUUUCAGCCAAAUUGCAGGAUAUAAAGUUAUCCCUAUUGCAUCCAUAUCAUGCUCUCAAUAGAAGAGUCCUACAUGAUAAGAUUUGUGCGGCUACUCAAACUGACAAUAUUUGUAUGCCUUCCACUGCUUCUCAAACUGAAUCUGUGACUCAAGCUACACCAAUUAUUCCAAGAAACGAACAACAAAGAUCAAUAUUAAGUUUAGCGCCUAGAGUAGGAAAAGGAUCAUAUCCAUGUCGUAUUGGAUCUUGUAUAAUGGAACUACCACAUGGAAGAAUGAUUGGCCAUUUGAGAUAUCACCAUAGCAGUGUAUUUUUUGAGUUAAACGCAAAAGAUAAUGUACUACGAAAAAAAUUGGAUCUGGAGUAUAUCUUGAAUCGAGAUCACGAUCGUGCAUUCCAUAUCAAAGAAAUGGGCUUAUUUUUUUUAAACAUCUCUAUAAAUAAUGUGGGUGAUCUAAUGGCUUCCUUACAAAUUGUCAAUUGCAUCGCUGUAUGUAAACAAUUCACAUAUACAUUUGAAGUAAUUGGGGAAUUUAAUGCUUCUUACAAUGGCCAGGUGAAAUCUUGCAGAGUAUCAAGGCUAUGUCUUUCAAAUGACUGUUUGCGCAUACGCGAGAAUAACAUGUGCCGCUUAAUUGAUCAUAAAAACUAUUUUCAUUGCAAUCUAACGAUAAAACGUAGAGUUGAUUACAGAACAAUCGCCGCACAAAAUAAUCCAACGAAUGCUCGUGAUGACAUAGUGAAUAAUUGAAAAAAGCUAUAUAAUUUAUUAUUGUAUAAAGGAAAAGAUUAGACAGUAAAAUGAU